AUGGCUUCGGGCAAGGCGGCGGGCGAGCGGCGCUGGGAGCUGGUGCGCUGGUAUGUGCGGGAGGGUCGGUUCCGCAUCGAGGAGAGGACACUGACUGCUUUCCAGUGGCUGCACUCGCCCCAGCAGCACCGCAUCGUCAGCCGGGCCGACCUGGGCUCGCCCAGCAGGAUCGACAAGACAAUGCUCGCCAGCCUGAAGAUCAAGAAGCAGGAGCUGCUGGGCAGCGCGGAUGGCCCCGUGUCGGAGCGGGACCGGCCCCUUUCGCCGCCACUCACCGCCCCCGCCACCAUGAAGUCUGCAGAAUUCUUCGAAAUGCUGGAAAAAAUGCAGGCACCAAAACUGGAAGAACAGAGAGCUGGAAACCAAAAGCAUAAGGAGGACUACAUCCCGUACCCCAGCAUCGAGGAGGUCAUUGAGAAGGGGGGCCCAUACCCCCUCGUCAUCCUGCCCCAGUUUGGCGGGUACUGGAUCGAAGACCCCGAAAACCUGGGCACCCCCACGUCAUCUGACAGCAGCGUCUGCGAGGAGGAGGAGGAGGGUGUGAGUCCCAGUGCCAGCGGCUACAGGCUGGAGUGCAAGGGGGAGGCCCGGGCCUAUCGCAGGCACUUCUUGGGCAAGGAUCAUUUAAAUUUUUAUUGCACAGCCAGCAGUCUGGGAAAUCUGAUCCUUUCUAUUAAGUGUGAAGAGGCAGAUGGCACUGAGUAUUUAAGGAUUAUACUCAGGUCCAAGGUGAAGACGCUGCACGAGCGCAUCCCCCUGGCCGGGUUCAGCAAGCUUCCCAGCAUCCCACAGAUCGCCAAGGCUUUCUGUGACGACGCCUCGGGGCUGAAGUUCAACCCGGUGCUGUACCCCAAGGCAUCCCAGAUGAUCGUGUCCUAUGAUGAGCAUGAGGUCAACAACACCUUCAAGUUUGGUGUCAUCUAUCAGAAGUUCCGGCAGACCCUGGAGGAAGAGCUGUUUGGAAACAACAAUGAGAGUCCUGCCUUCAAGAACUUCCUGAGUUUGCUUGGGGACACCAUCACCCUGCAGGACUUCAAGGGCUUCCGCGGGGGGCUGGACGUCAGCCACGGGCAGACUGGUGCCGAGUCGGUGUUCACCACUUUCCGGGACAGGGAGAUCAUGUUCCACGUCUCCACAAAACUGCCCUUCACCGAGGGUGACACGCAGCAGUUGCAGAGGAAGCGGCACAUAGGCAACGACAUCGUGGCGCUCAUCUUCCAAGAGGAGAACACGCCGUUCGUGCCGGACAUGAUUGCCUCCAACUUCCUGCACGCCUACGUCGUGGUGCAGCUGGAGAACCCCCAGGCUGAGAGCCCCUCCUACAGGGUGUCGGUGACGGCGCGAGAGGAUGUGCCCUCGUUCGGGCCCCCGCUGCCCAGCCCGCCUGUGUUCCACAAGAGCCCCGAGUUCAGGGAGUUCCUGCUCACCAAGCUCAUCAACGCCGAGAACGCCUGCUGCAAGUCGGACAAGUUCGCCAAGCUGGAGGACCGGACCCGCGCGGCACUGCUGGACAACCUGCAUGACGAGCUGCAUGGGCACACGCAGGCCAUGCUGGGCCUGGGGCCCGAGGAGGACAAGCUGGAGAAUGGCGGCCACGGCGGCUUCCUGGAGUCCUUCAAGCGCGCCAUCCGCGUGCGCAGCCACUCCAUGGAGACCAUGGUGGGCAGCCAGAGGCGGCACCACAGCGGCGGUAUCCCUGGCAGCCUCAGCGGCGGCAUCACCCACAACAGCACCGAGGUCACCAAGGCCACGUUCUCUCCCCCAGUGCCCGUGGCCACCACCAAGAACCCGUCCCGCAGCCCCAUCAAGCGGCGCUCGGGGCUCUUCCCGCGCCUGCACACGGGGUCUGAGAGCCAGCCGGAGGGCAGGACGCGGUGUGACAGCACCUCUGGAGCACAGCGGACGCCAGACGCGGUGCACACGGCGCAGGACGCGAAGGCCGAGCCCUGCUCCAACCCCAGCUCCCCUGAGAUCUGCCCCAGCAGGGAGAGGCCCUUCGCCAAGCUGAGGGAGAACGGGCGCUCCAACAUCUCGCGCUCCUCCUCCAGCACGAGCAGCUUCAGCAGUGCCGCAGGCGAGAGCGAGACGCUGGAGGAGUACGACAGCGUGGGAAGCCAGCCCUCCACUGCAUCGCCCUUCAAGCAGGACGUCUUCGUCUACAGCGCGGCGCCCGGCGGCGAGAGCCCCGGCGGGGCUGCUGCCACCCCUGUCAUCAUGAGCCGCAGCCCCACAGCAGAUAUGAAAAACAGGAACUCUCCGAGGUCCAACCUGAAGUUUCGCUUCGACAAGCUCAGCCACUGCAGCUCCAGCACGAGCCACUAGCAGCAGGCAGAGCCGGGA